CAUGGACUCCCUCAAGUCCUGCUCCAUCGAUCACAUGCAUGGGGGCUAGCUAGAUCUCCUCUGGCUAGUUGCCACCAUGUCAAUCUUUUCCCUUCCACACACGUACGCCCAAGCUGAGGAAAAGGGAGGACGACGCGCGCCCAAGGUGACGAAAAGGAAGGGCGACGUGCGUACGAACAGAGUCGAAUCGUCGAUCGAGAAACCAAGAUCAGGCCGGCCGGCGGAUCGACCUCGUUGAAUAAAUGGAGAGGAGCAAGGGCUGCCUCUCGCUGCUGCUCCUCGCGGCCGUCGUGGCGUCCCUCGUCGCCUGCUCGUCGGCGGGCAUCUACCACAUCGUCGGCGCCGGCAAGGGCUGGCGGAUGGCCCCCAACCGGACCUACUACGGGGACUGGGCCCGCACCCGGAACAUCAGCGUCGGCGACAAGCUCAUGUUCCUGUACCGGAGCGGGGUGUACAACAUCGUGGAGGUGCCGAGCCGGGACCUGUUCGACGGGUGCAGCAUGCGCAACAUCACCAACCGGUACCAGAACGGACCCACCAUCAUCGAGCUCGUCCCGCCCGCCGGCCCGCGAUACUUCUUCUGCGGCGUCGGCAAGCACUGCGAGGAGGGCCAGAAGCUCAAGAUCUACGUCGCCCCCUUCGCGCCGUCGCGGACGCAGAACGACGAACAGGCCGAAGACAGCUCCGGCUCGCCCGCCGCCGCCCCGGUGCCGCUGCUCGCCCUCGCCGCCUGCUUGCUUGCCCUUCUGCUGCUGAUGUAAACUUGAUCGAUCAACGUCGACGAUCUGUCCAUCUAUCGUAUAUAUGUGCAUGCAUGCAAGCAA